AUGGUUCCUGCUGUAGAGCACUUCAGGUUCACUCUGGGCAAUGCAGAAGAGGCCACCCUGCAGGACACUGAAAAGAGUGUAGACUAUGGAGUGCUGCCAGAGUACGAGAAAAGCCAGAUCAAAAGGACCUUGGAGUUGGGAACUGUUAUGACAGUAUUCAGUCUUAAGAAGAGUAGUCUGGAAAGGAGGACUAUUCAAGUCAUAAUGGAAACCAGGCAGGUAGCAUGGAGCAAGACAGCUGACAAGAUUGAAGGUUUCUUGGAUCUGAUGGAAAUAAAAGAAAUUCGCCCAGGAAAGAAUUCAAAGGACUUUGAGCGUUGCAAAGCAAAGCAAAGAGAAGAACACUGCUUUACUAUUUUUUAUGGUACCCAGUUUGUCCUCAACACCUUAAGCUUAGCAGCUGACUCUAAAGAUGAUGCUGAUAAAUGGUUGUGUGGCUUGAAUAUCUUGUAUCAAGAGGUCAUGAGUGCUCCCACACCUGCGAUCACAGAGAGCUGGCUGAGAAAGCAGAUCUACUCUGUUGAUCAAACUAGGAGAAAUAGUAUCAGUCUUAGAGAGCUGAAAACUGUCCUUCCCCAAGUAAACUUCAAAGUGAGCAGCAUGAAGUUCUUGAAGGAUAAAUUUGCGGAAGUAAGUGCGUACAAGGAAGAGCUUAGUUUUGAACAAUUUCAUUUGUUCUACAAGAAAAUAAUGUUUGAACAACAGAAAUCGAUUCUUGAUGAAUUCAAAAAGGAUUCUUCUGUGUUCAUUCUUGGAAAUACUGACCGUCCAGAUGCUUCAGCAGUUCAUCUCCAUGACUUUCAGAGAUUCCUGCUACAUGAGCAGCAGGAAUCUUGGGCACAAGAUCUCAGUAAAGUCCGAGAACGAAUGACAAAGUUUAUUGAUGACACUUUGAGAGAAACUGCUGAACCCUUCCUUUUUGUUGAUGAGUUCCUCACUUACCUUUUUGCAAAAGAAAACAGUAUUUGGGAUGAGAAAUAUGAUUCAAUAGAUGCUCAGGACAUGAAUAAUCCUUUGUCCCACUACUGGAUUUCUUCCUCUCAUAACACAUAUCUGACGGGAGACCAGCUUCGAAGUGAAUCCUCCACAGAAGCUUACAUCAGGUGCCUUAGAAUGGGAUGUCGAUGUAUUGAGUUGGAUUGCUGGGAUGGUCCUGAUGGGAAACCUAUCAUUUACCAUGGAUGGACGCGGACAACAAAGAUCAAAUUUGAUGACGUUGUACAGGCAAUCAAAGAUCAUGCCUUUGUUGCAUCUGAAUACCCAGUCAUUCUGUCAAUUGAAGAGCACUGUAGCGUGGAGCAGCAGCGACACAUGGCCAAGGUGUUCAAGGAGGUAUUUGGGGAUCAGCUUUUAAUGAAGCCUAUUGAAGCCAGUGCAGAUCAGCUACCAUCACCAACCCAGCUGAAAGAAAAAAUCAUCAUCAAGCACAAAAAACUGGGGCCAAAGGGAGACAUUGAUGUGAACUUGGAAGACAAGAAAGAAGAAAAAAAGCAACAAGGAGAACUUUACAUGUGGGACACAAUAGAACAGAAAUGGACUCGGCACUACUGUGCUAUUGCUGAUGAAAAGCUUUCCUUCAGUGAUGAUAUAGAACAGAAUGCUGAUGAAGAUUCAUCAAAGGAGGUGAAACGUACUGAGUUGCACCUAAAAGAGAAAUGGUUCCAUGGGAAAAUGAAAGAGGGGAGAACAACUGCUGAGAAACUGCUCCAGGAAUAUUGUGCUGAAAUGGGUGGCAAGGAUGGGACAUUCCUAGUUAGGGAAAGUGAGGCUUUCCCUAAUGAUUGCACCUUGUCAUUCUGGAGGUCAGGUAGAGUCCAGCACUGCCGGAUCCGUUCUUCAAGUGAUGGGGACACUGUGAAAUACUACCUGACAGACAACCUCACUUUUGAUAGCAUCUAUGAUCUCAUUCAACACUACAAGGAGGCCCACUUGCGAUGUGCUGAAUUUGAGCUGCGUCUGACAGAUGCUGUGCCUAACCCGAACCCUCAUGAGACUAAAGAUUGGUACUAUAGCAACUUGAGUCGGGGAGAGGCAGAAGACAUGCUGAUGCGAAUUCCUCGAGAUGGAGCCUUUCUGAUUAGAAAGAGAGAUGAGCCUGAUUCGUUUGCCAUGACUUUCAGAGCGGAGGGGAAGGUGAAGCACUUCCGAAUUCAGCAAGAAGGUCGCCAUUUUGUGCUUGGAACCUCAGCCUAUUUUGAGAGUUUAGUGGAGCUGGUAACGUACUAUGAGAAGCAUCCGCUGUACAGGAAAAUGAAAUUGCGCUACCCGGUGACUGAGGAGCUGCUGGAGCGCUACAGCAUGGAAAAAGAUAUUAACUCCCUCUAUGAUGUCAAGAUGUAUGUGGAACCCAGUGAAAUCACCCCUACAGUGCCUCAGAGAACAGUGAAAGCGUUGUAUGACUACAGAGCCAAAAGAAGUGAUGAAUUGAGCUUCUCUCGAGGAGCUUUAAUUCAUAAUGUCACAAAGGAAACUGGAGGCUGGUGGAAGGGGGAUUACGGAGAAAAAGUCCAACACUAUUUUCCAUCUAAUUAUGUUGAAGAUCUGUCAUCUGAUAACUCUGCUGAGCUUGAAAGCCAGAUUAUCGAGGACAAUCCAUUAGGCUCUCUGUGUCGUGGCAUACUGGUACUCAAUACGUACAAUGUUGUGAAAAUGCCACAAGGGAAACACAAAAAGCCUUUUGUCUUCAUUUUGGAACCUAAGAAUCCAGAAGAUCCGUGUGUGGAGUUUGCAACUGAUAAAGUAGAAGAACUCUUUGAAUGGUACCAAAGUAUCCGUGAAAUCACUUGGAAAACUACAGAAGAGGAGAACAGGAGGAAAUACUGGGAAAAGAAUCAAUUGAUUGCUAUUGAAUUAUCUGAUCUGGUAAUCUACUGCAAGCCAACAAGCAAAACCAAGGACAAUUUAGAAAAUCCUGAUUUCAAAGAAAUCCGUUCUUUUGUGGAAACCAAGGCAGAGAACAUUGUUAAGCAAAAGCCAGUUGAGUUGUUGAAAUACAACCUGAAGGGACUGACACGUGUCUAUCCUAAAGGGCAGAGGGUUGACUCAUCCAACUAUGACCCAUUUCGCCUCUGGCUUUGUGGCUCCCAGAUGGUGGCUCUUAACUUCCAAACUCCAGAUAAAUACAUGCAAUUGAACCAUGCCUUGUUUUCACUUAAUGGACGCACUGGCUAUGUUCUGCAGCCAGAAAGCAUGCGAAAUGAAGAAUAUGACCCAAUGCCAAAUGACUCGAAGAGGAAAUUGCAGAUGAUUAUGACAGUGAGGGUUUUAGGUGCUCGUCAUCUCCCUAAACCUGGUAGAAGCAUCGCUUGUCCCUUUGUAGAGGUAGAAAUUUGUGGGGCCGAAUAUGAUAACAACAAAUUCAAGACAACAGUUGUGAAUGACAAUGGCCUUAAUCCAGUGUGGGCACCCUGUCCAGAGCAAGUGAAAUUUGAAAUUUAUGAUCCAAAUCUCGCUUUUCUGCGCUUUGUUGUUUAUGAGGAGGAUAUGUUCAGCGAUCCCAAUUUCUUAGCACAUGCCACUUUUCCCAUCAAGGGAAUCAAAUCAGGUUUUAGAUCAGUUCCUCUCAAGAAUGGCUAUAGUGAAGAUAUAGAGCUGGCCUCACUUCUGGUUCACUGUGAAAUGCAACAAGUUCUGGAAAGUGAAGAAGAGCUUUAUUCCUCAUGUCGGCAACUUCGGAAGCGCCAGGAGGAGCUUAAUAACCAGCUGUUCCUUUAUGACACCCAUAUGAAUUUAAGGAAUCCUAACAGAGAUGCUAUAUUAAAAGAAUUCAAUGUGAAUGAGCACAAACUACAGAUAUAUGAAGACACAUGCAACCGCAGAUUAAAGGAGAAGAAAGUCAGUAACAGCAAAUUCUACUCUUAAAGCAGUCAUUCUUUGAUGCGUGCUUUAUGGUGCAAUUCAGGAAGAGAUAUUAAUUUAUCCUGGCCAUCCUGCUCAAUGACGGUCUCAUCAGACUGAAUGACUGGAAGAAGAGGAGGAGGAGGAAAGAUGGGUUUCCUUAAUAAUUUCUUGUUACAAGAAAAACUGUUUUAAUUCCUAAUAAUUUAUAUUCUGUACAAAGCAUACCCUGUGUGCAGGCCAGACCUUCUGUGUAUUCAAGAUUUUUAAAAUUUGAGGGCAUGUAGUUGGAUAGACCUCACUUCUCAUUAUUAAUACCUGAAGUACAAAUAAAUCAUCUACUAUAUUUGUGUACGCAGGCUAUAGAUAAGACAUUCACAACCAUUUGCAUGCAUGGAAUCACACUGCUUUAACAACCUGGCUCCUUAAGAUUAACUGGUAGUGAGUUUUUAAUUUAUUAAACGCUGUAAAAGCACUUCUACACCAGCAUUGUCAUGUCAUGUGUGUUACAGUGCCCAAGGCAGCAGGUUGUACUUCUGAUACUGUAAAAAUGUUUGGGGCAGCUGAUAGCUCAUACUGUAUUGUCUCCUGUCAAAAGUUUUCUGUUACAUUUUUGAGAACUAGAUAAUAUGUUAAUUUUGUUGAAACCAAAUAGCCUCUGUGACUGUAGUUGUGGUUUUCCUGAUGAACUCUUUGUAAAGGUUUAAGAAAGGAAUGAUGUGUGAACCUGUAUUCAUAGCCCCUGUGAACCUAUGUUCACACCCUCAAGGCACUGGAAGGAAAGGUUUUAAGAUAUGCAGUCAGAAAUAUCUGUUUAUUUGCAGAAAGGAAGGGUAUUUCAAAUUCUGAAAAGCAUUUACUUCGGUAUAGUAUCAUUUUGCAAAUCCUUUCAGCUGCUAAUGUGCUUAGAAAUGAAUUUUUAAUGAACUGUCCAUUUUUAAUCUUGCAAUCAGACGAUAGCGUCAAAUGAUAGUGUUCUGUAAUCAUUUUCCCAAAAUGCAUCUAAUCCAAGGAUAAUAGCGUGCACAAAUAUAGAGGUACAUCAUUCUUACAGCUUUAAUCAAAUUAAGAACAUGGAGCUACAGAUGAGAAAACUUGUUAGGUUACCAAGUGUGUUUUCCUGCCAGAACAGAACCAAAGUCCUUCGAUGGCAUAUUUAACACCAGUUGUCAUAAUUUGUGUAUGUGUUGGUCCGUUGUCCUAGCACUAUGUUAUUACUACCGAAUUCCUAGUUGCUUUAUCUCUACAUGGGUGGAGCUUUGCUAUCUGUAUGCUUGACUUUAACUUUCAAAUGUGUGCAGAGGAGUUCAGUUUUUCUGUUUAAGUGACUGCCCGAGGCAUAAAAUGCUGCAUACAUAGUGCUGUGUUUCUGAUCACAGAAAACUUGCAUGGAUUUGGGAUUCAUGGCCUGAUGAAGCUGCCUCAGCAAUUUUCGGUUUCUCUUGCUCCCCACGCUAUGACUUCUGUUGUUUCAAGAGGCACUUAAUUGAUGCCAUUGUGCAUUCACAGAUGCUGGUUUGAGGAACCCCCUUGAGAUUUUAGUUAUUCUGUAAAGACAGUCUUGUCUCAAAGAUGAAAGUUCUGUAAUAGUGUGUCCCAUAAUGGGGUGGCUUCUGCGAAUUUUUUAUUAUAAAGAAAUUAAUUACUAAUAACCCCACUGAAAAAGAGAAGAGGGCAAAGUUAACGGCAAUUCUCUGCUUUUCUUCCUCCUGCCUGAAAUCUCUUCAGUACCCAGUUGUGAUUGACCUGUUCAAGGAUUAGAUGGGUGCAAACCCCUCUCAAAGUAAAAAUUGCAUCAACUGUGGAUUUGGGAGGUGGAGCUGUAACCUAGACUGCGGUAUAAAGCUGGGCUUAUCUGCAGUAUCCAGGUGUAAUGGGAUGGUCCAGUUGCUGUUCCUUGAGCAGGGGGACCUUUGGUGUGCAUGCAUUUUGUAGCAUGUUCCAGGACGUGGUUAGUUCAUCAUAUGGUCAGUCCCUGUGCUAUAUAUUUCAUUCAACAGCCUCCGUGAUUCCCAUUUAAUGUUGUGAGAACACUGUAUUGUCAGUGUUGAUCAGACAAGGUGGCCCAAAGCCUUGUUUGGAAGGUCCUGAGGUUGUUGCUACAGGUGGGGCAGGAUUUAUAGGCAGCUGAGUGCCAGCUAGGUUUGGACUGAUCAUAAGAAAUAGGAGAUUACAAGAUGGGAGGGCUUAGGGAGAUCAAACCCUAGAGCUUGUGGCUGUUGCUGUGGUGGGUUUUUUCUCUUUUUUUGUGAGGAUUUUUUUUUUUUUUUUUGUAAGCUCAGUUCCAGAGCAGACAUAACCAAAUUCUUCAUUUGUCCUGGCUUCUUUUGUUGAUGUGUAUAUUCCUGACACAGGACAGCCAUUGUGUGAUGAACACAGGAGUUCCUUGUGCUGCUGCUGUGCAAAUAUUUAAGAAUUAGCACAUUUUAUAGUCCUUUGAAAAGUCCUGUGCCCAUUCUCCACACAUACAUGAUGUCAAAAGCUGUAAGAGGCACUCCCUCAGCAUUUAGGAAAAUGCAUUUCAUUUUACAGUAAGACUUUUCCCCAGAGUAUAAUGUUAUACUGUAUUCAGAAGGAAAAUACUGCGUUGGCUGUUUCGUUGACUUGCAAGUGAUGGACAAGGCUAUGUACUAACUCGUCUCUUUUUUCUUGUAUUCUGUGUUUUAAUUCCAAAACUUCACCUCUCAAUUCCUUGUCAGGGCAGACUUGGUAGCAACUUUUUCACAGUUGCAACUGUUUUAAUAUGAAAGUAGGUUUGAAUGUGUGUGCUAGGAGGAAAAACAUUUAUAAAUUUUUUGAAGUUAAUAUCUGUUAAAUUGUUAUAUUCUUAUAGAAACUGUUUUAAAUCAUUAAAAUAACUUAUUUUUAAUAAAUAAUUUUUGAUAUCUCAGCAGUGAUGUGAAUGAUGCCAAAUGCUUCUUUGUUUGAGCAUUGCUCAUUGAAUUUCAUGAAUUUUGCCAGUCAUUUGAGGCAGUAUGCGUGAGUUCUUAUUGCAAAGUGGUCUGCUGGUGUGUUAUGGCAUGUUCUGCUAGAGGUUGGAGGAAGGUCAUCUCUGUGUUUUUUAGGAUGAACUGACUUGUUGUUUCCAUAGACAUGGCUAUUGUCACACUUCAUCUGGCUGCAAACAAACAGGGCAGAAGGGAAAGGUCAAAGAUUAUGUUUAACUUGCAACUCCUAACCGACCUUUUUCACUGAUAGGUAGAUAUAAACUUCAGCCCUAGUGACCGUAAGAUUUGGAUCAACUCAAACAAUAAAGUCUGAGCAAGGCAAAGAUUAAGUUUGUAGCAAUUUGGAAGAACAGUAAUCUUGAUGCUCACCAUAAAAUUAUAUCAGCACGCUUUCUGCCCGUAAGGUUGUGUGGGCGGAGGUGCUGCUGGGUGGAUGCUCGCUGUCUUUAUGUUGUGAUUUUUUUUCAUUGUUGGGAGUCUUGGGAACAAAAUUUUUCUCAGUCUUUUGGUAAAAAUUAUAUGCAUAUUGAACAGGAAUCAACGUGACUUACAUGCAGCCUAGGUCUUCUAGGAGGUCAUUAGAUGAGCCAAAGGGUCUUUAUAACCUUUGAAUUUGUGAGUAUUGGUAUGCAUGUGUUCUGAAGUCCAAAAAAUUGCUUCAUUCAGGUGUGUUGUUGCAUAUAUUCUCACUUUUUUCCACCCCAAUGCAUCUAUAAGUUUCUCUGUUGCAACCCUU